GUCUAAUCACAAAUCAACCACAACCUGUCCUGAGUACCUCUCCUCAGUGGCUGAACCCUGGAGACUCAGUGACUCUGAGCUGUGAGGUUGACAAGACGUCUACAGGCUGGAGGUUCUCCUGGUACAGGACUGUUCCCUACAGAGCUGGGUUACCCUCCCUAUCAGACAAGUCUUGCUCUCCAUGUGUUUAUGGAGGGGAUAGCUGAAGCUGAGGCUAGCUGGGAUACCAGUAGUUACCAUAGCUUAGGUUUGAGGGGAGGCAUCUAUCUGUGCAUGGUGGUUGUAAAAAUGAACUAACAUCUGCACAUUCUGAUAUCAAACUGAUCUAAUCUCAGACCUCUAUUCUCAUUCCAUCCUCCUUUCCUUCAAUAAAGAGGAAGGAACCAGUGUGAGGUCAUGUAGCAAACUAUAAGAAGAAGUUGGUCAGAAAAUUAACACGCCAUCAACCGCUACUCUUUUUUCUCACAGCCUUUGUACGUUUCUCAAUCAUUUUCUCUAUUUUUCUGUGUGACGGUGAAGAGGUGUGAUCUAAACAGUCUGUCAUAUAGGAAGUAGAGGGGUUUGUCAGAAGAACUGUAGUUGUAGAGAAGGUCACUUGUCAGUGGGACAGAAUGGAGAACACAUUGCUCUGUGUGCUGCUCUGUAAUGCUGAGUAUCCUCAUCUACUGUGGACACUGUGAUGAAGAUGAUGAGAGACUUGUAGCUGUUCUGACCCUCCAACCCAACUGGACCCAGAUAUUCAUUAAAGAGACUAUCACUAUGAGAUGUGACAUACAUGGGGAGGAGACACUGACUGGAACUACAGAUGGUAUAAGAAUAGUCAGUUAUUCAUCCCCUUUAACACAAAGACUGAGUACAGAAUCAGUCCUGUCUACAUGUCUAACAGUGGAUCAUAUACCUGUGAGGGUGUAAAGGGAAACAAGUUAUCCAAGACCAGUGAAGCUAUACAACUGACUGUGUCUGGUAAACCCAAGCCUGUCCUGAGAAUCUCUCCUCAGUGGCUGAACCCUGGAGACUCAGUGGCUCUGAACUGUAAAGUUGACAAGACGUCUACAGGCUGGAGGUUCUCCUGGUACAGGACUGUUCCCUACAGAGCUGGGUUACCCUCCCUAUCAGACAAGUCUUACUCUCUACAGCCCCUAUCUGACAAUGGGACUAGUGAAGACUCCUACUCCUCCUCUCUGAUCCCUGCUGGUCCUACUCCCACAGGAGGAUAUGUGUGUAGAGCUGGGAGAGGAGACCCAGUCUAUGGCACACUCUACAGUGAACCUCAGUUUCUCUGGUCAGGAGAUCUGCAGUCUUCAGUGUCUCUCAGAAUAAGUCCCAACACAACUCAACACUUUAUAUCAAAGUCUCUCUCACUGAGCUGUGAGAAGAAGGGGAGCUCUACCAGAUUGAGACUGAAGAGAUACACAGAGAGAGGAGUAGAGUCAGGGUGUGUCUCUAACUGGGGAUCAAUAACAGGGUCCAUAUGUACCAUCAGCUACUCAGACACAUGGGACAGUGGAGUGUACUGGUGUGAGUCUGGAUCAGGAGAGUACAGUAAUGCUGUCAACAUCACAGUGCAUGCUGGUGAUGUGAUCCUGGAGAGCCCUGUUCAUCCCCUGACUGAAGGAGACUCUGUGACUCUGACCUGCAAAUACUGGACAACCAGCUCAAACAUCAAGGCUGAUUUCUACAAAGAUGGAAUACUCAUCAAGAAUGAGACCACAGGAGAGAUGACCAUCCCUGCAGUAUCCAAGUCAGAUGAAGGAUUCUACAAAUGCAAAUACCCUGACAAUGGAGAGUCACCAGAGAGCUGGAUGACAGUGAGAGCCGUAGCUCCUGGAUCCUCUACAUCAGUCCUAGUAGGAGUGGUUGUGGGUCUGGUUGUUGCUGGUGUUCUACUGGUCAUUCUCCUCGUCCUGCUGUGGAGAUUUAAAAACGCCAAAGGAUCCUGUUUUAACAGAAUAUACUUACACCCCCAGCCCCAGUGCACCAACCAGGACCCCCACCAGGACCAAGGAUCUACCCAGGGUCAGGCUCCUGAUGCUGGGUAUACAUGUCUGCAGCAUGGUGGUGUUCACAUCUACGAUACGAUCAAUCCCUCAGACAACUACAAUAAUGAUGCUGCUGCUCCACCAAGUCAUGUGACAUACGCCCAGAUUCAACUCAAAAAGUUGGACAAGAAAAAGAAUGAAAAGCCAGCUGAUCCAAAAGAAAGUCCAGUCUACUCUGACGUGAAGACAGGAAAGGCCACAACAGCUGGACUUGUUGAUGUGACCUAUGCUGAGGUUGUCCUCCAAAAGAAGAACAAAGCCAAGAAGAAGAGAAACAACAACCCCACCUGAGGCAGAUUCAGUCUAUUCUCAACUGAAGCCAGGUCCUUGAGAGAUGGAGGGACACAUCAGAGGAGAAGUAGGAGCAAUCUGGGAACAUGGGUUAUACACACACACACAACACCUUGUACAUGAAGGAUUUUUAUCUUAUUUUAUUUACGUACAUAUAUUUUUUUAUCGUAGUUUAAUUGUCUAUUACUGUAACAUACAUUAUAUUAUUUAAUUAUCAUGGAUCUGAUCUGCAGCUACAGCAAUUCUAUCUGUUUUGUAUUGUGUAUUGUAUUGUUGGGUUGUAAUAUGUACUGAAAUGUAUUAUCAUUGAUUCAUUAUUUAUGUCAUUCAGAUGAUCGAAUAACAUUUUGUUAAUACAUUUCACAUAUACAUGUUUUCUUCUAAUGACCUGUACUUUUACAAUAUCGUUGCAUUGUGCUUUUUUAAUAAACUUCUUUUAU